AUGCUGCGCGUUCUUGCAUUUUGCGCUUGCUUGGCUGUUGCUGUGGCAGACCAGUGCCCGGACGAUGCUGAGGUGGACUUGUGCGAGACACUGGGUGAAGAGACGGGCGCCGGAUCUCGCAGCUCAGCUUGGAUGGGACUGUUGCUGCCCUUGGUGUCGGCACGCCCAAAGCUUGGUGCCAGCAUCGUCGUGGUCUUGGCGUUUGGGAUGGUUGGCGCAGACGCAGCCACCUGCGGUGAUCUGAAGGCUUUCUACAAGAGCGAGCAAUGCUGUGGCGCACCCACCCAGGCACUGUCCGUGACACCGCCUGGCUGCCCUUACAACUUCGCCAAGCCCGCUUGCAGCAGCGCGGAGCCUCAGACGCCUCGUGACCUGACCCUGGGUGCGUCCGGCACGAUGACGCCCAAGGCAGCGACCCUGAACGACGCACAGGCCAACUUCCUCCCGCUUGUGAACGUGCACUUCCACCUGGGUGCUGAGCACAAGUCAGAGUCCUACAUGAACUCCACCGAUGCCGAUGCUUAUGAUGCGGCAUCCUCCGGCCGCCGCCUUGCGGAGAACCCGCGGCCCGGCUUCAUGUGCGCUACCGAGAACCUGACUGCUGCGCAGAUGGCGCCGUACACCUUUCAGCACUGCAAGGGAGACGUGGCAGUGGGCAAAUCCUACGAAAUCCACUACGUGCACUCCUCCGCGGGCACGGACGCAGAUCCCACAGAUGCCAUCAACGCAGACCUGCUGGCAGACGGCCUGGGAGGCGCAGCAAACGGCCGCGGCCUUCUGAACCCCAUGGUCGUGGUUCAGGGUCAGAUCUUCCAGAUCGUGCAGGGAGGCCCUACAGUCAAUGACAUGUUGCACGGCUGGACUGUGGUUGGACAUGAGAACUCCGUGAUGUACCCUGG